AUGGCUGUUAAUCAAAGUUUUCCAAGUCCAGUUCGCAGAUGGCGAGCGGAUCUGCGGCUGUGGUUCUUCGUUGCUGUUUCUUUGGUGGUUCUGGCUGUGUUGGCCAAUUCAGAAGGUAUAAAUCUCCCUACUUAAAGAGUUACUCACAGGCGAAAUUCCACAAUCAGUUUAUUCUAGUGUAUAAUACAUGUAGUGGAUGUUGUAUAAUGUUUAUGCUUGAAUGUCAUAUAGCUCUGCAGACGUGGGAUCCGAUGCAGGUGACAAUUCUUCUUAAAAGACAACUAAUUCUCUGACUUUCCUCUUAGUGACUAUAAGAAUAGACCAAUUCUCUAUUAAAUUUUUCGUUUAACAAUUCCCUCAAUCAAGAAUUCUCUUCUCUGUAUUUCUCCUCUCCAUCUUUAUCUUACCUCUCCGAAACGCCUUGAACCCUCAAAAAUGUCCUUCAUCCUACUCGGAUUCAUAUCUUAAUAAAUGUGAACCACUUGGAAUCCCCAUUCGUUUUCCUUUCUGCGGCAAUCCAGGAUUCAAUCUCCACUGCAACAACCUCGAUAAGACAGUCCUAGAGCUUCCUAUGUCCGGAACAUUUCUUGUCGAUGAAAUCAACUACCAAAAGCAGCAGAUUUCUAUCAGCGACCCUGAAAACUGUAUGGUUAAAAGGCUUUUAACCUUCAAUACUUCAGGAUCUCCUUUCUCUUAUGGCUUCAGUUUCUACUACACGUUCUUGACCUGUCCGAAUGAGGUCGUGAUACCGGUUUGGUCUCUGAUGUCCAUCCCUUGCCUAAGCAAUUCUACCUCCUCCUUCUUCGCCACGUCUAAUUUGACUUUUUCAAAAUUGUUGCCGCCUUCUUGUCAGAUUGUGAAAGGACUAUACGUUCCUGUUGAUGUGAUAUAUAAAGAUGUGAUAACUGAAGAAAAAGGGUUCUCUACAGUGCCCUGGCUUGGAAACGUCUUGUUGGAAUGGAGCUCGCCGAAUUGCAGAGGUUGUGAAAAGGAGUCCUUGAGAUGUGGUUUCAAGAACAAGGCCUCCCUCGAAGUCAAAUACUUGGCUGAUCCACCCGAUGAAACAAAAAGUAGAUUACGACCACUGAUAAUAACCCUUUGCAUAAUCGGAGGAAUCACCGCAACUUGUAUUGCUGCUAUCCGCAUUUACAAUUCCGAGAGGUUUGUCAAUCAGAGAAGACAAAAUGCAGCUAUUACAGCCAGAAACACAACGCAACAACCACGAGGGGUUGUGGUCACUACAGGUCUUGACCAAUCUACAAUAGAAUCAUACAAGAAAGUGGAGUUGGGAGAAAGUAGAAGGCUUCCAGGUACUAAUGGUAUCAUCUGUCCCAUUUGUUUAUCAGAAUAUGCUAGCAAAGAGACUGUACGGUGCAUGCCAGAAUGUGAUCACUGUUUCCACGUCCAAUGUAUCGAUGAGUGGCUCAAGAUUCAUAGUUCAUGUCCUGUUUGUCGCAACUCACGCUCGUAA